AUGCUUGGAGGACGUCUACUAAACAAAUAUUUCAAGUUUUCCGCUCUCUUCUUCGUACUGUUUCUUCUCAACUAUUAUGCGCUCUAUUCAGUAUGUUUUCUGUAUUUAAUUGAAAAAAACAACAAAACAAAAAGUUUUCAGUCACGCUUUUCAGUUAUUCCCGGAUUCCUCAGAUUUUCCUGUUGUCGAGCACCGAUUCGAGCAGUUCUCGGCCAGAAAUCGAUGCGAAAGUGCUAAUUCUCAAAUUCCCGUAAUUGUUUUUGCAUGCCGACGGUCACAAGCGAUCAGAGAACAUAUUAGAAAACUUCUAAAGUGAGAAAACUUCAGGAAAGAUCACCAAAAACUAGAAAAAUGUUCAGAUAUCGUCCGGAUGUCAACCGGUUUCCGAUAUAUGUCAGUCAGGAGUGCGAUAAUCAUGGUGUCACUUCGGAAAUUGAAAAGUUUCGUGGCUCCGUGUCAUUUACAAAGUUUCGCAGUGAUUGGAGAGUCGGCAGAUAUCAGAAGCCGUACUUGAGACAAUAUUACAAAAUUGCACGUCAUUACAAGCUCGGAUUAGAUUGGAUUUUCGAAAAUUCUUGCCAUGAAUUUGUAAUAAUUACUGAAGGUAUCCGUUUUUAAAAUUUGCGACGAACGUUGGUCUUUUUCAGAUGACCUCGACAUCUCGCCCGACUUCUUCUCCUACUUCUCCGCCACUCUUCCAUUGCUCCAAAAAGACACGUCACUGUGGUGCGUCAGCGCAUGGAAUGAUAACGGACAAGUGGAAAACAUUGACCUGGGCGCACACUCCCUUUUACACCGAUCCGAUUACUUUGGAGGUCUCGGCUGGAUGACAACACGGUUAGUCACCGAUAGGAAAAAAAAGUUUGAAUUUUUUCAGAAAAAUCUGGGAAGAAUUGUCGAGAACGUGGCCAGAAGCCUACUGGGACGAUUGGAUGCGUGGCAGCUCGAUACGGAAAGGAAGGCAGUGCAUUCGACCGGAAAUCAGUCGGAGCGGAAUGACAAAACACGGGUUCAAGGGGGCUAGUCAGUGAGUUUUCAGGAAUUCCGACUGACUUUAGCAAAAAGUGAUUUUUUUAGUGGAAAGUUCUAUCGCAGCUUCACUAGCAAAGUGCACAUGUUCGGAGGAAACGUAAACUUUAGCGAACAAAACUUGGAAUAUCUGGAACCGGUAAACUUCAUAAAAGACGCUUCAAAAAUAGCAAUUUUCAGAAGCGAUACAAGAAAAGCUUCUUGAAAGAAGUCCAAAAAGCCCAAGAAAUCAAAAUGGAAGUAUUCGAGCUUCAAAGGGACGCGCAGAUCAAAAAAUCGUCGAAUACCAUAAAAAUCUUCUACAACACCUCCAACUUCAACAAGACCGCCCGUCAUCUUGGAAUAAUGGGCGAUAUCAUCGGAGGGAUUCCGAGAACGGCCUACCAAAAUGUAGUGACAAUUUUCAAGAACGGAGUCCGAAUAUAUCUAGUGCCUUUCGAUUAUAAUUUUGAAUAA